AUGGCGGCAAAUUCGGAUUCUCACAGAUCUGAAAGAAUUUCCGGCUCGGGACGACCCUCCCCCGCCGUUUUACUCGGCCCUAACGGAGUGGUGGCUCCGUUGAAGAGGCGGUGCCAUCCCUCUCACACCUCGCCGACCGCGGACAUGACAACCGGUACCGAUGCAUCGGCUCUCCACGACCUGGAGGCUGCCGCUUCCUCCACCGCCGCUGUGGACGGCAAUGGAGGAUGGGAGGGAGAAGACGAGUUCUCCGAUCCGUUCGACAUUGGCAACACCAAAAACGCCUCGCACGAACUGCUCCGGCGAUGGAGGCAAGCGGCCCUUGUGCUUAAUGCUUCCCGGCGGUUCCGCUACACAUUGGACUUGAAAAAAGCGGAAGAGCAAGAAAAAAGAAGAAGGAUGAUUAGAGCACAUGCUCAAGUCAUAAGGGCUGCAUUGCUCUUCAAGUUGGCAGGACAGCGAGCAAUUGUGUUAGGCACUGCAGCAAUUCCUCCAUCUCCUAAUGGAGGUUAUGCUAUUGGACUCGAACAACUUGCUUCAAUGAACAGGGAUCAUAAUAUUUCUGCUCUACAACAAUAUGGAGGGGUUAAAGGUAUUGCGGAUAUGCUGAAAACAGACGCUGAAACAGGGAUUUCUGGUGAUGACAAUGAGCUAUCACAAAGAAGGAAUGCCUUUGGGUCAAAUACGUAUCCAGUGAAAAAGGGUCGCAGUUUCUUGAGGUUCCUAUGGGAAGCAUGGCAGGAUUUGACCCUUAUUAUUCUAAUCAUAGCUGCUGUGGCGUCGUUGGCUCUUGGAAUAAAAACAGAGGGCCUGCAAGAAGGAUGGUAUGAUGGGGGAAGCAUUACCUUUGCCGUUCUUCUGGUUAUUUUUGUGACUGCAACUAGUGAUUACCGUCAGUCUCUCCAGUUUCAAAAUUUAAAUGAGGAGAAGCGAAACAUCAAAGUGGAGGUGAUCAGAGGUGGUAGAAGAGACAAGAUCUCCAUAUAUGAGAUCGUGGUAGGGGAUGUCUUACCACUCCAGAUAGGUGAUCAGGUUCCUGCCGAUGGAAUCUUGAUGAGUGGUCAUUCUCUUGCCAUUGAUGAAUCAAGCAUGACUGGGGAAAGCAAGAUUGUUCACAAGGACCACAAAUCCCCAUUUCUGAUGUCAGGAUGCAAGGUAGCAGAUGGUGCUGGAACCAUGCUGGUGACUGGCGUGGGAAUCAAUACUGAAUGGGGGCUGUUGAUGGCUAGUAUUUCAGAAGAUACUGGUGAAGAAACUCCUUUGCAGGUGCGCCUGAAUGGUGUUGCAACUUUUAUAGGCAUCGUUGGGCUCUCCGUGGCUCUUUUGGUGCUUGUUGUUCUCUUGGCAAGGUUUUUCACUGGGACUUCAAAGAAUCCUGAUGGAUCUGCUCAGUUUAUUCGUGGAACUACCAGCGUCAGUCAGAUAGUUGAUGGAGUUAUACAUAUCAUAACAGCUGCUGUCACAAUAGUGGUUGUUGCAGUCCCAGAAGGGCUUCCUUUGGCUGUAACCUUGACUCUAGCAUACUCCAUGAAAAAGAUGAUGGCCGACAAGGCGUUGGUGCGCAGGCUUUCGGCCUGUGAAACUAUGGGAUCUGCAACAACCAUCUGCAGUGACAAGACUGGAACUUUGACCCUGAACCAGAUGACAGUAGUUGAGGCUUAUGUUGGGAAAACGAAGCUUGAUCCUCCUGAAGAUGUUUCAAAGUUGCAUGCAACGAUUUCCUCUCUGCUAGAUGAGGGAAUAGCACAAAACACCACCGGCAGCGUAUUUUUAUCUAAGGAUGGCGUUCUGGAGGUUUCUGGAUCUCCAACUGAAAAGGCUAUCCUUCAAUGGGCUGUCAAGUUGGGAAUGAAAUUUGAUGUCGUGAAAGCAGAAUCCAUUGUUCUCCAUGCCUCUCCUUUUAAUUCUACCAAAAAGCGUGGGGGGGUUGCAUUAAGAGGCAGGACUGGAUCUAAUGUCCAUGUACACUGGAAGGGAGCAGCCGAAAUAAUUCUUGCCUCAUGUUCGCAGUUCAUUGAUGCAGACGGUUCCGUUCAAUCCAUUGAAGAGCAAAAGGGUUUCCUCACAGAUGCUAUCGAUAGUAUGGCUGCAAGAAGCUUGAGGUGCGUUGCUAUUGCUUACAGAACAUGUGAAGCAGAUGAGGUUCCUACUGAUCAAGAAGAGCUGUCACAGUGGACCUUACCAGAUGACAACCUGAUUUUGCUGGGUAUUGUUGGUAUAAAGGAUCCUUGUCGUCCAGGUGUCAGAGAAGCUGUCGAACUGUGCAAGCAUGCUGGUGUUAAGGUGCGGAUGGUAACUGGCGACAAUAUUCAGACAGCCAAAGCAAUUGCAAUAGAGUGUGGUAUCCUUUCUCCAGAUUCCGACACAAGUGAACCCUAUGUUAUAGAAGGGAAGAAAUUUCGUGAAUUGUCUGACAAAGAGAGAGAACAAGUUGCACAAAAUAUUUCAGUCAUGGGAAGGUCUUCUCCAACUGACAAGCUUCUACUUGUCCAAACACUGCGUAAACAAGGGGACGUUGUUGCUGUGACUGGUGAUGGAACCAAUGACGCUCCUGCAUUGCAUGAGGCUGAUAUAGGUCUUUCCAUGGGCAUACAAGGAACUGAAGUUGCAAAAGAAAGCUCAGACAUCAUUAUCUUGGAUGACAAUUUUGCUUCAGUUGUGAAGGUUGUUCGCUGGGGACGUUCUGUAUAUGCUAAUAUACAGAAAUUUAUCCAGUUCCAGCUCACUGUUAACGUUGCAGCUCUUGUAAUUAAUGUAGUUGCUGCAAUUUCUUCGGGUGAUGUUCCUUUGAAUACAGUGCAGCUUCUCUGGGUUAAUCUCAUCAUGGAUACACUGGGAGCUUUGGCAUUGGCCACCGAACCACCAACUGAUCAUCUUAUGGAUAGAACUCCAGUUGGUCGCAGGGAGCCGCUUGUUACAAAUAUCAUGUGGAGGAACUUGAUUAUCCAGGCUAUAUAUCAAGUUGCAGUCCUCCUUGUUCUCAACUUUUCCGGCAUUAAAAUUCUUAACUUGAAUACUAGCCAGAGAGAACAUGCCAACAUGGUGAAAAAUACUGUAGUAUUCAACGCGUUUGUUCUCUGCCAAAUUUUCAACGAGUUCAAUGCUCGUAAACCAGAGGAGUUGAAUGUCUUCACAGGGGUGACCAAGAACCCGCUCUUCACUGGAAUAGUGGGGACUACUUUCGUACUUCAGAUAAUCAUCGUCAAUUUCCUUGGAAAGUUCACCUCCACUGUUAAGCUGGACUUGAAACUGUGGAUAAUUUGCCUUGUAAUUGGGCUCGUCAGCUGGCCUCUUGCUGUUGCUGGUAAAUUCAUUCCAGUUCCAAAGACACCACUAGCAAAGGUCUUCGUAAAGCCGUACCAGCGACUGAUUGCUUCUCGUAAAGCACGCAACUCUACCUAA